AUGAAGGGAUCAAUCAACUCUAUGCACAAUGCUCCACCAAAGAAAAACACGGAAUCCUCCUGGAUCAUCUGGUUUUUCGUCUUGGAUUUUGCCCUUCAUUGGACCCCCAACGACGACGGAAGAAGCCCACACCGCCCCAACGACGACGGAAGAAGCCCACACCGCCCCAACGACGACGGAAGAAGCCCACACCGCCCCAACGACGACGGAAGAAGCCCACACCGCCCCAACGACGACGGAAGAAGCCCACACCGCCCCAACGACGACGGAAGAAGCCCACACCGCCCCAACAACGACGGAAGAAGCCCACACCGCCCCAACGACGACGGAAGAAGCCCACACCGCCCCAACGACGACGGAAGAAGCCCAUACCGCCCCAACGACGACGGAAGAAGCCCUCAUCUCCUCGGCCACCUCCUGCUGAUGGAUGACCUUAAUUACCCUACCAUCAGUCUCAGCAGUCUUCCUCCAGAAAAGCUGCAGGAACACUCCUGGAUCAUUGCCCCAGCUACAACGGAAAAGAACCUCAUCGCCACCCUGCUGAUGGAUGACCUUGGUGACCCUACCAUUGGAUUCAGCAGUGUUCCUCAAGAAAUGCUACAGUCGGUCGUGACAGAUGGCUGCUGGUACUGA